GUGUUCUAAGUAUAGAAACAAGGGGUGGAAAUUUACGUCAUGGCCACCAAGAAGAAAACCGUAGGAAGGACGAACAAGAAAAAAUUGACAACCAACAAACGAGUUAACGAGCAGCCAAGAGUGACGGUAAAAUACAAAAAAUUUCGUUCAACUACAACAGCUGCAGCAUCAUGUAAUAGGUUGGUCGCAAAGCUGGAGAAAUUCCAACAGCCGAUUAAAUCUAAAGAAAACCCCAAGAUCAUGGUCAUCUCCGGCGACGAUCACGUGCUGGACGUGCUACUAGACCGGCUGGCGCCUCUCACGACCCACACCACCGAAAACCUGGAAAAGAUACGGAGAAUAGCGCACAAGAUCAACGGUCGGGUCAACAAUUCCGAUAAAAAUGUCAAAGCUAAAUCAUUGAAUAUUCUUCGAAAAACUAAAUCAGAGCGAAUGGUGGAUAUUGUGAAAUUAUUUGAAAAAACUAGAGAUAAAUCUACAUGUACGAAUUUAGCAGCUGUAAUACAUGCUUGCAUUGCACCAAAAUCCGGUCAAACUAGAAAAUCAUUUUUGAAACAACUGGUAGAAAUAGAAGCAACAAAAAUAUUUAUUAAGUCAAUAAUGGAUUUGCAAUCAAAGUCUGUAGGAUCGCCUGAUGUACUUCUCAACGAAUUAGUGUUUAUUCUUGGACAACUCUCACAAAAAGACAGCAAAUUUUCAAAACAUGCUGAAAUGUUGAAUGCAUCAAAAAUGUUUCAUCAAAAUUUAAAAAACAACAUUAAAAAUGUUAAAUUUAUAUCUCCAUUACUGAAGUGCUUUAGAACCAUUACGAAAAACGAAACUAUCGUUGGCGUGCUUCUCAGGGAUAGUUUUUUGCUAACCUUAGAAAAACUUAUAAGGGAAAACAAUAAAUAUUUAAUUAAAAACAAACAAUAUGUGGUUCUUGUAAUCUUAGCAAACAUUACAAAAAAAGUUUCUGAAGAAAACUGCGAUAGAGUUAUACGUGCUGGACUCAUGCAAUACGCCUUGGACGUGUUCAAUAUAAAACUUUACACUGCCAAUAAAGCUCAUCCUAAGAUAUUUUCAUCCGCAUUAGAUGUGCUCGUUCAUAUCUCCAACACUAAUAAUGGACGAACUGCACUGAGAAAGUCUAACAAAUUUAAUGUGUUGUACCAAUUUAGCGUUCGCUGCCCGGAAGACCAGGUGUAUAAUUCUACUAUGUCAAAAUUGUGUACAGUUAUUAAUGUAUGUCAAGAGAAAUUAUUACUCUUACCUUUAAGUUCAACACAAUCAGCACUUGCCUUUGGCUUAGGUGAUAUAAACCUCAACGAUAGUGAUUCAGAUAAAUAUGCAGGCUGUGACAGUGACGACAGCGAUACAGAUGACAUUGAAAUAGCUGUAGCCCAAAAUUUGAUGGAUCCUUUAAUCAUCCGAAAACCCGAAUCAGUGAAGUUCGAAAUACCCUUUAACUAUUGGAAAGAUCGUGACGACCUCAUAUCAACGUAUGGACGUUUAUUUGUAGAAUUCAACAACGAAACGCCAAAACAUAAUUCAGCCAACAAACUCAAGUCGAAUAAAUAUUUAAAUAGAAACAACACAUCAAUAAUAACUAUCCAUCAUUUGAAUACGGACAAAAACGAUAUUGGAUUGAUGUCCAACUUGCGGACAUGUCAAACACAUAAGGCGGCGUAUUUAAGCAUAGCAAAACGCGUCAACAGCGUCUCUCCCUUCGUUAAAGUCGCCUACCCUGAUUGGAUAGGGUUCAAUAACGACGAACAACCAAUGGAGUCCUUGUACAAUAGCGACGUACACGUUUCCCGCAACAAAUUGUUAUCGUGCUUAGAGCGUAGCGUGUCCAAACGACGAGACUCUGGCGAUAUGAUCGUGUACGAUUUAGAUUAUUUAUUGGAAAGUGUUAACGACGCUUGCAAUUCUCCACAGCAGUUAUCAAAUUACGAUGAGCGAAAUUUAUGCGCAAAAUCGGGGUUUGAGCACUUGCACUUUGAGUCUCGUUUCGAAUGUGGCAAUCUUCGGAAAGCUAUCAAGAUUGGUUCCAACGAGUAUGAUUUGAUUUUGAAUUCUGACGUGAAUUCAAUGUCUCAUUGCCAGUGGUUUUACUUUCAAGUAUCCAACAUGGAGGCGGCCAAGCCAUAUGUAUUUAAUAUAGUGAACAUGGAGAAACACAACUCUCAGUACAAAACUGGCAUGCAGCCGAUUAUGUUUUCGGUGAAGGACUAUGCCGAGUUUAAGAAAGGCUGGACACGCACUGGGAUGGACAUUUGUUACUACCGAAAUUGUUACAAAAACUGCAACAAGUCUCACGGCUCUUACAUGACCGCUACUUUUUCAAUUCAAUUUCCACAUGACAGAGACAUAUGUUACAUAGCAUACGUUUAUCCGUAUACAUAUUCGAAGUUGUUGUACAAAUGCUUCAGAUGGAAAAACUCAGUCGAUCCGGCUACUACAUUAUUCCGUGCAAACUGUUUGUGCCGAUCAUUGAAUAACAACGAAGUGCCAAUUAUCACAAUUACCUCUGUUGAAAACAACGAAAAAAAAAUUAAAGAUCGACAUAUUAUAUACUUGACAUCUCGUGUGCAUCCCGGCGAGACAAGUUCGUCUUGGGUAAUCGACGGUGUGAUCGACUACCUUUGUGGAAGCACACUCACUGCCAAAAAGGCACGGGACACUUACGUGUUUAAGAUUGUGCCUAUGCUCAACAUAGAAGGCGUCAUCAACGGAUGCCACCGAUGCGGUUUAACCAACGAAGACUUGAACAGAAAAUGGAGUUCACCCGACCCAAAACUGCAUCCAGAAAUAUUUCAUGCUCGGGGGAUUUUGGAAUACAUGACACACGUAAUGAAAAAAGUUCCCUAUGUGUAUUGUGAUUUCCAUGGUCAUUCCAACACUAAAAAUUGUUUUUUUUAUGGAUGCUCGGCAAAAAAAAGUUGGUCAAGAAUGGACUUGUCUAAGUAUGAAAAUGAAACGGAUUUCAUGGUAUUACCGAUUGUAAUGCAAAACUGUUGUCCAUCGUUCUCGUUAUCACAAUGUAAUUACAAAGUAGAAAGAAAUCGUGAAACCACUGCAAGAAUAACGGUUUGGAGAAGCUACGGUGUAAAAAGGAGUUAUACUUUGGAGACAAGUUAUUGUGGUUGUGACGAAGGACAAUACAAAGGUUAUCAUUUAGGGAUAAGGCAACUCAGAGAGAUUGGGUCGACUUUCUGCAUGUCUCUUUCUUCGUUAGAAGAAGAAACGAAAAAGAGAGCGAGUUUACCCGCCAGCAAUCGAUUAUCCACAAUAACAGCGAGUUCAAAGUCUAUGGAUUUUGUAGACGAAGAACAGUCAGACUCAGAUUGAAAACUGCCUAUAAGAAAGUAAUCGACUUUAAUUAACAAAUUAAAUAAAUCCUAUUUUAAUUUAAAUUUAAUUUGUUUGUGU